GUAGCCCAAGCCUUGAUGCAGUUGGGCGCUAAUUUAGAUGAGAAGACUCUGCUCGACCUCUUAACUCCCUAUUUGCAUCAAUUAGCCGUAGAUACUGAUAGUGAUGUCCGUUUUUAUGCACAUGAAGCUAUGCUUCACCUGAAGAUUAAACAGCCUUCACCUGACGAGCCAAUUCACGCGCAAAUCUUACAUGGUUCCUCCAUUGGUGUGCCUUCAGUCCAAGACUCAAUUACUGACCAAACAGUCUUACCUGGAAUUGACCUUCCGGCCACGCAAACUGCCCCUGUCGGUCUGAUGAUGCCACCGCCGCCACCUUCUUCGCCACGCUCUCCACCGCAGAACUUGACCCCAGGUCCAGCUUCUGAACCAAGCCUCUUGUUAGCUUUUCCUGCCGACGAAUCGCCUAUGUCGCCGACGCCCGGUGAUGAGGCUACUUUGAUGGAGGUGGAUGUGCAUAGCGUUUGA